AUGAAUACAACAAUUUUAGAUCUCUUUACAUAAAUUAAAGAAUUGUACCCAUAUUUAGCUGAAUUUCAUUAAAAAUGUAAAAAUGAUGAUGAAUAUGAAAACAUCAUAAAAUAAACUAACAAUGCUAAAAGCAAAUUCGAGUCAACAGAAGACCAAUAAACUUUGAUUAAUUAAUUAAAAAACAUCAUCAAUGAUGUUAAAAUUGCUCAUAAGAAAUCUCUACUUUCAGCUAAACAGUUUGAAAUCUCCUCUGCUGAAAAAGAGAAAGCCCUAAAUGAAAAUGCUAAUUUGAAUAAAUAAAUUGGUGAUUUUGAGAUUUAUAGAAAUGCAUAAAAUAUUUAAUAAGAAUGCUUAAAGGAAUAUUAUAAUAUGGUUAUAUAGAAAGAAAAAUAAAAGUCAUAAGAUUUCAUUGAAGGGAUUUAAUAGGAAUUUGAAGAAAUUUAAAAUAAAUUAGAAAAUGCAUUACUUGCAAAGCAAAAGAAUGAAAAAGAAUAUGGAACUUUAAUAGAAAAGUAUAAGGACAAAAAAUCUUAUGUUGAAUAAAGAAACUAAUAUUUUGAAUUAGAAAUUAAAAAAUUGUGUAAGAAAUAAUAAAUAUGA